AUGUCCCCUCCCAACGCCGACGAUGCUCCCUCAACCACCACCAAAUCCCUCGCCGUCGACAUCGUUGCCGCCACGAGGCCGAUGCACACCAGGAUCAACAAGCUGGUGACAUCCAGAGUGCCGCUCGCUCUUCCUCCACGGUCCUCCGACCCCGGCGCAUACAUCAGCGGCCUGCUGCACAUUCUGCCCGUGUACAUGACGUUUGAGAAGCUGUGGCUGGAUAUCAUCUCCAGUCCUUCCCCCGUUGAAGACGCGGCGGAUGGUACACGCCUCGAUGCAGAGAGCGGCGACGGGCCUGCACGGGUGAACGACAGCAAGGAUGGGAACCUCGAGGUACCAGAACGCGUCCGCAAGAUUCUCGUGGCUCUCUACAUGCCCCAGCUCUUCCGUUCCGACCGCCUCCGAGGCGAUAUCAAAUCCAUGACGGGCUGGUCCGACGAAGUCCUCGAUCGCCAGAUCCAAGCCAUUAAAGGAACCGGCCAACUAUCCGCCAAUCUCUCGCAUAUCAAGCAAGCCGUCCACGCAAAGCCGCACGUCCUCGUCGCCUACUCGUACAACCUCUUCAUGGCCCUCUUCGCCGGCGGCCGCUAUAUCAGAGCGUCCUUUGAGAAAGCCGGCAACGAGUUUUGGCAAACUGUUCCCGAGCCCAUCAAGCCGACAAUGCAGCCCUGCCAGCCGAGGCCAGCUGCUGCUGCUGCUGCUGCUGCUGCUGCUUCAGUUGCGCCCUUUUCUCCGCUGGAGCUGACGGGCGAUGAUGGCCUCGGCACACAGCAUUCUUCUCACGCCUCGUCGUCUUGUGAUGAGUUUUUGCAGUUUUGGCACUUUGAUUCACCAGAGGACGGCGAGGAUUUUAAGCGAGACUAUAAGGAGAGAUUGCUCACAUGGGAGGACACGCUGACUGCUGACGAGAGGGAGGAUAUCCUGCAAGAGUCUAUCAUCAUCCUAGAGAGCAUCGGCCAUAUUGUCGGUCAGCUGGACGAGGUCUACUCAGACGAGCACGGAGAGAAGGACAACCUUCAGAUGCCCAGGAGACCGUCCUUUGCUAGCCACUUCAUGCAGGCCCAGUUCGUGGCUCGUCUGCGUGACAGCUUCUUGAUUGCCAGAGACAGGGGCGUCGGGAAUCCGUUCCGGACUCGAUCGGUUGACACGGAGGCAAGUGGAAGGGAGGAGCAAGGGGGCGAGGAGGAUGACAACAAUCAACACGAUGCCGUCACUGGCGCCUCCAAGUCUAUCAGAUUUGCAAAGACGCUGCCGACACCUCGUCGCAACAAGGGCCGAGACGCCGUAAUAGAGGAGGAUGGCAAGUUGCGUGGAGGGUUGCCAAUGCACAUCGUCGAUGCUAUGGCAGCGAGGCCGAUUUUCGCGUGGAUUGUCGGCUUGUUGAUACUGUAUGUGGUUGUUCGCGUCAGGGGCAUUUUCGACCAUCAAGGCUCAAAGACAGGUGCCUCUAUGCUUGGCUAUGCCCACAGCUAA